UGUAUUUUUGAAACCAAACAAAUGUGUGUUUUCAUCAGGGUAAAUGCAAUUUCCCUUUUCCCUCUAUCCACAGCUGAACCUGACGAGUCAGGUAAACAUGAAGCAAGAUGCAAAAUAUGGAAGCAGCUCGCGCGACUCGUUAUUCCACUUUGGAUUCGUUGAACAAAAUUUUCAAGCCGAUGGCUCUUUCUUUCUCCCAAUCGAUCUCUCACCCUUCUCUGCAUCAUCUGAAACAACCUCUUGCUCCGCAAUUGUUCAAAAACACAUCUUUAUCGAAGGCCAACAUUGACUUGCUGAAAUUCCCUUACAUUCGAUGCUCUUCAAGCUUCGACGAAAAGUCCAGCAGUUCUCUCAGAACUUGCAAGAAUUGCAAAAGUCAAUACGACCCUGCACUCAAUCACCCUCGUGCUUGUCGGUUUCACACUGCCCAUUUCGGAGGAGAAACUAAGAGGAAGUUUGAGAGUGUGUAUAAAGGUGGCACCAUGGAUACUCCUGAUUCUGGUAAGGUUUUUCAGUACUGGCACUGCUGUGGCUCUGAAGAUCCAUUUGACCCUGGUUGCACAGCCGCUCCACACUCCUCUUAUGAUGACUGAUACAAUGAGUUUUGAUGAAAUCUUCAAAAUACCUUUUGGGGUCUUGCAGAGAAUUUUGAUUAUUGGAGAGGCCUCAGCUAUGGCAUUGUGUGCAAAGUGAUUCUUGCUCAACAACGACGAUUAAUCAUUCUGCUAAAUGAGAUAAGCCAUUUCAUUUGGUUAAACAUUGCAUAAGAUCACUUUCUGUGAUACUCUUUUUAGUACCAAACAAUGGAAUUUUCUUUAGUAUUUUUUUUGUUCACGCUGGCUGAUGUAGUUUGUGCUUGUAUCCAUCUAUCGUUUGAUGAUGUGUGCAUCAGAUUUAACUUGGUUAUAUGUGUCUGAAUUUAUGAUCUGUUUUAUGCCUUCUCCGGCUAACUUUUUUUCUUCCGUGAAAAUGGAGACAUAAUAAAAUUCAAAGUCUGCUUGAAGGUA